AUGCGUCUCAUUCUCACGGCCUUAGCGCUAGGACUCACCAGCGGCUUCAGCUCCUACGAGCGGAAGGAGGGCUGUCCGGAGCUCUACUCGCGCGGCGUGCUCGAGCUCGAGUUUAAUCCGGCGUUCCUGCACGUCGACGAGUACGCGGACGGCCAGGCGCUCACGAUCACGUCGUUCUUCAAUCUGCAGGAAGUCGUGUUCACACCGCCGCCGCCGUUCCGCCGCCGCCGCCGACGUUCGACUUCUUCAGCCCGGACCUCGUGGCGCGUGCGAUGCUCGACGCCGACGCGUCGUUCCCAUAUACUGUUGAUCCCGUGCCCGUCGAGGUGCUCACCGAGCCGACCGGACCGACGGUGCCCAAGUGGCCCAACGAGGCCGAGCUGGCGCCGGCCGGAGUCUUCCCCUUCGAGGCGCUCGUCGUCUGCCAGGGCUUCCUGAACCCGGGCGCGCGGCCCGGCCGCAUCAGCGUCAUCAACAUGGCCACGCAUGAGGAGCAGAACAUCUCCGGCGGCGGCGACUGGUUCUACCACCGCGUCGUGUAUUUGGACAUGGACGGCGACGGCGACGACGACGUCGUGACGGUGCGGUCGAAUUGGCCCGCCGGGCCGCCGGACGCGAACACCCGGGGCGAGCUCGUCUGGUUCCGGAACCCGGGCACGGAUGCGUUCCCCUGGGAAGAGACCGUGCUCGUCUCGGCCCCUGCGAUUGGCCCCUGGCCCGCCGCCCCCGACAUCUUCCUGCAGGCGGCGGACUUAAAUGGCGACGGCACCGAGGAGAUCGUGGCGACGCGUCUUCUUCGGCAGCGAGAUCACGCUCUACGGCGCCGCCGGCGGCGGCUGGGCCGCGACGGACGCCCACAACAUCCGGAGCGCCACGAUCUCGGACGGUCGAGGGAGGCCUUUCGGCAUCGAGAUCGUCGACCUGGACCUCGACGGGAAGUUAGAUGUGCUGGCUGGCGACCAAUCACCAGCAAGACAACUGCCCAGCCUUCCCCGAAUCCAUCGCGGGCGCGGUCUACGCGAUCGCGCAGCCGGCCGGCGACCUGUUCGCGGACGCCUGACGACGACGAUUCUCUUCGACGGGAUCUUUCCGCAGCCGUCGUGGCAGGCGGCGCUCGAGCCGCCUCGCGCCCGGCAAGGCGAAGGCGUUCUACCCGAGCCGCGCGCAGGAGGCGGACCCCUCCACGCGCCCCUGCAUCGUCGUCGGCGGCGACGAAGCCGGAAGGUCUGGAUCCUCACACCGGUCGAGGGUCCGGUGACCGGCGACCUGGAGUACGAGGACCACGUCAUCUUCGACAUAAACGUCAAGUUCGGAGACACGUGCAAGACGCAGACGGACGUGCGGCCCGGCGUGACGAUCUCGACGCUCGGCGCCGUCGAGACGCGCUACGACCGCACGGGCGCCGACGGCGUGACCGAGAUAUUCAUCCCCGUCUUCGAAGGGAAGGCGAUCUACGUCUACUCGUUCCGCGCCGAGGGCGAGCCGGUCGAGUGCCUCCCGGACGAGACCCUGGGCUGCACCGAGUGCGGCUCGCCGGGCCCGCCUUGA